UGCUCCUGGUCGCUGAGCCUCUUCUACAGGAGGAACCAUGGCGCUCAGGGUCACUAGGAGCACGAAACUUAACACGGAAAAUAAGGCCAAGGUCAGCAUGGCAGGCGCCAAGCGUGUGCCUGUGGCAAUUGCUGCAGCCUCCAAGCCCGGGGCAGGGGUUGAUAAUCCCUCUCCAAGCCCAAUGGAAACAUCUGGAUGUGCCCCUGCAGAAGAAUAUUUGUGUCAGGCUUUCUCUGAUGUAAUUCUUGCCGUGAGUGAUGUGGAUGCAGAUGAUGGAGCUGACCCAAACCUCUGUAGUGAAUAUGUGAAAGACAUAUAUGCUUAUCUCAGACAACUGGAGGUUGAUGUUGAACAGCAUACUUUGGCCAAAUACCUCAUGGAGCUCACAAUGCUGGACUACGACAUGGUGCACUUUCCUCCUUCUCAAAUUGCAGCUGGAGCUUUUUGCUUAGCACUGAAGAUCCUUGACAACGGUGAAUGGACACCAACUCUGCAGCACUACCUGUCCUACACUGAAGAAUCCCUUUUGCCUGUUAUGCAGCACCUGGCUAAGAAUAUCGUCACAGUGAACCGCGGCCUUACAAAGCACAUGACUGUCAAGAAUAAGUAUGCAACAGCCAAGCAUGCCAAGAUCAGCACUCUGGCACAGCUGAAUUGUACACUGGUUCAAAAUUUGUCCAAGGCUGUGGCAAUGUCUGUGCUGCUGUGGUCUCAUGUGCCAAUGCACUUCCUACUUCUCUUCUAUAAAAGGUUCAUUUGUUACAUCAAGCUGGACAAAGCUGCUGACCUAGCUGGCCUCACUGCAAGGCUGACCCAGCGUGUCCACACUGAAGGGCUGUGA